CUUUUGGCUUGUCUAGUCGCAUUUAGCGAUCAAUUCAAAUAAUAAGAGAAAAUGAGAGCCAAGUGGCGUAAAAAGAGAAUGCGUAGGUUGAAGCGUAAACGCCGAAAGAUGCGUGCAAGAUCCAAGUAAAAUGUGACUGAUCGUGAAUACCACCAGCCAGCAUUUAAGUUUUAAGAACUGUUGUGGAUCUGCAGCAUCGCGUUCAACAUUCAAGGAAGUGAAUUAUUUUAAUUGUUAAAAAAUUGAAAAAAAGAUCCAGAAUUGAAUGACGAAUAAAAUGUUCUCACACAGCAAAUUCCAAAAAAGCUAU